CUGCGCUGGAAGCAGAGGUUGAGGAUGUAACUCUUGUCCCCGGUGGAGAUUAUGCUCUGUCACCAUGCAGCAGCUCGGAGGGAGAGUCCGCGCCUCUUAUCUGUCCCGACUAGACUCCGUGCGCGCGCGCGUCCCGCCGAGCUCCCGGUGCUGAAUGAAAGCUCGGUGUUCACCUGGAACCGCAGCCAGAGACAGGUAGAGCUCUGCACUUUGUGUCCAGCAUGAACACGGUGCCAUGUGUAAGCGUUGUCAUGGUUAUCGGCCUGCUCUGGACGAACCUCUCAGCCGGCCAGCUCACACCGGACCACAAGAAGGUGGCUCCUAGACCAGAAGUCGAACCUCACAUUUUGAACGAUGACUCGGCUGGAUCGUGGGGCUCUUGGGGUCCAUGGGGUGAAUGCUCUCGCUCAUGUGGUGGUGGGGUACAGGAGCAAAGCAGGCCAUGCUUUCGGAUGUACAGCCCUCCAGCCACAGUUUAUUCCUCCAGACAGGGUCCUCACACUGGACAACAGGAUUUAAAUCUUGUCAUAUCAGCAUUAAAGCCCUCUGUGCCUGUGCAUCAUGGUAAUAACAGGCCUCUUCCGGAUGCUCGGGGGUCACAGCAUAGCAGCCGCGGGGAGACGAGAAAGCAGAGUGAAGCUCGGCCUGGGAGGCGGCGAGGCAGCAGCACUCGGAUCAGUCCGGGGAUGUACGGUUACGGGAAGAUGCCAUAUGUGGUCUCGUCACAGAGAGAUCCUGGACAAUCCGUGUACAGCCAGCGACAGCCUCGCUCACCAUCUGAAUACAGAUACAACAGCUAUAGGCAGCAGCAGAAGUACAGAAAUACUGCGCAAAGUCUCCCUCAAAAUACCCAUCACAGUACGAGCCAGCAGGCAUCCUGGGUUCCCCUCCACCAGCCCAGCUCAAGUCUCCAGUCUCGGGGGAAGCCACACCCUUCUGGCACACUGACAUCAGGUUUUAGCCAAGCUUCGUCUCCUGGGAGACCUCAUAACCCGGUACAGCUGCCAGCCUCCUCCUGCUCUGGAGCUGCCAGCCAGUACAAGAUUUGCAACGGGAAUGCUUGUCCCACAGCCAGCAGAAACAUCAGAGACAUCCAGUGUUCCUCAUAUAACAAUCACCCCUUCAUGGGCCGGCUCUAUGAAUGGGAACCUUUUAACGAAGUUCCUGGAGAUCAGCUCUGCGAGCUCAACUGCCGUGCGAUCGGAUACCGGUUCUACGUCCGCCAGUCAGAGCGCGUCGUUGACGGGACGCCGUGUGGACAGAAUGCGACGGCCAUCUGCGUGGCUGGGACGUGUCAGAGUCCAGGAUGUGAUGAGCUGUUGGGUUCAGGGAAGGUGCUGGAUAAAUGUGGUGUUUGCGGCGGGGACAACACGGCAUGCCGGCUGGUUUCUGGCCUGUUCCAGCACAGCCUGUCCAAAGUGGGCUACCACAAGAUUGUAGAGAUCCCAGAGGGAGCCACCAAAAUCAACAUCACUGAGAUGGUCAAGAGCCAAAACUACCUCGCUUUGCGGAGUCGCUCUGGACGUUCCAUCAUUAAUGGAAACUGGGCCAUCGACCGACCUGGAAAGUAUGAAGGAGGAGGGACGAUGUUCACUUACAGACGGCCCAAUGAGAUCAGCAGCACUGCUGGAGAGUCCUUUUUAGCUGAAGGACCAACCAAUGAGAUUCUGGAUGUCUAUAUGAUCUACCAGCAGCCCAAUCCCAGAGUGCACUAUGAGUACGUCCUUCCUUCUGAGAACUCCAUCAGCACGACCCCAGAUUCAGAAGAGGGUAACACAGUGACCGGUGAGGCAGGAUACGAUCAGUAUGGUAAAAGGCCGUCUCAGGAAGGACACAUAGAUGGGCACAGGAACCCACCACAUACGCCUGAAAAUCAGGUCCCACCUCGCAGGCACAGAGAACACAACUGGAAACUCACUGGAACGACUGACUGCAGCGUCUCCUGUGGCAGAGGAAUCAAACACACUGUGUUCGGCUGUGUGCACCGAGUGACUCAUGAGCGUGUGUCAGACAGUCAGUGUGACAGCGCUACCAAACCCAGCCCACAGGAGGAGCCCUGCAACGUCCAGCCAUGUCCUGCAUUUUGGGAUAUCGGCGAAUGGUCCGAGUGCAGCAAGACAUGCGGCCUCGGCAUGCAGCACCGACAGAUACUGUGCCGACAGUUUUAUGCCAACCGCACCCUCACCGUACCCGCCAAACGCUGCGAACAUCUGGAACGGCCCGAGAGCAGCAGCACCUGUCAGCUGAAGAUCUGCAGCGAGUGGCAGAUUCGCUCAGAAUGGAGCACUUGUUCCAUGCCCUGCGGGGUCGGUCAGAGAACACGUGAGGUGCACUGCGUCAGUAACGUGGGUGAUAUCGUAGAGGAUGAAGAGUGCAACAUGAAUCUUCGCCCCCGUGACAUUGAGAACUGUGACACGGGGCCGUGUGCUAAGAGCUGGUUCUACACAGACUGGGGUGAGCAGUGCUCUGCAGAGUGCGGCUUUGGCGUGCGAAGCCGCAGUGUCGUGUGUCUCUCUAACCUGGUGAGCAGCGUGCCCCUGGAAGGCUGUGGUACUGAGCGCCCCCCUCAGGCUCAGCCGUGUAACAACGGGCCGUGUGAAAGCCGGACUGAGUGGUUCACCGGGCCCUGGGGUCAGUGCUCAGCGGAGUGUGGAACAGGCAGCCAGCAGAGGACAGUGGUGUGUAUGAUGAAGUCUGAGGAGAGCUAUGCGGUGAUGCCACCCUACGAAUGCUCUUCUCUCGACAAACCACUCAGCCAACAGACCUGCUCUGCCAAGGCCUGUGGAGCCAAGUGGUACUACACUGACUGGAGUACAUGCUCAAAGACAUGUGAGGGAGGAUUCCGUGUCCGAGAAGUGCGCUGUCUCUCUGAUGAUAUGAUGCCAAGCGAGGGAUGUGAAGAACAGGUGAAACCAGCAGACAAAGAGGAGUGCAACCCCGAUCCAUGUGUUCCACAGAUUGAUGAAAAGUGUAAAGACAAAUAUUUCAACUGCAACGUGGUGGUCCAGGCCCGUCUGUGUGUGUACGAUUACUAUAAGAAGGCAUGCUGUGCCUCGUGUGCACGUGUGGCGCAGAGACAUUCACCACACAGAGGCUACCGAUAGAACAGGUCCGAUGGUUUCAUCAACCACAUCACGCCCUUCCCUGACAGGCGCUAUAAGCAGAUGCUGCUUACUGCAAGACGCUCUGCUUCACUUGCUGUGGACGCAGGAGGACAGCAAAAAAAAAAGGCAGCAAUGUGAUGAUCUUAAGAAACAGUCCAGAGCCUUGAAUGCACUCUGUACAUCACUCGACUGAUCUGGGAAAAGAGAAAAAGAGCAUCUGUUCAUUUUUAACGAUUUAUUUAUACGUGUAAGAGGACAAUGAUUAUACCGUGCCAAAUACACAAUAAUACUCAUCACAUGGUGCUUCAUCGUCAACUCAACUGAAGAAUCCGACAGCUUCGUACAGAGUUUUAUAGUGUGUAUAAUAUUUAAUGUUCAAUUCCUUUACAGCUAUUGAUUAACUAUGCAACAAAAAAUGAGCGACUGAGCGACUGCAGUAAUUGUGAAUCUCGCACAGUAUUUCACAAUCAGAAUUGGUUUCUACACUCGCACUGUAGACACUUCACAUGCUAAAGAUUUAGACAGCUCUAUUUUUUCUCACAUACGUUUUUCACAUCAGCUCAGCCUCAAAUUAUUAAUGCUAAUGUUGUUCCUAAUAAAGCGACUGCCUUCACAUAUGAGCAAGCAUUCGAAAGAGUGUCUCAAACAAUGAGGCUGCCUCAUUUCCUUUAUGGACAAGCAGACGCGGGGUUUAUCUCUAGAGCCAGGAUGAAGCUAUCCUCUCUGAGAUGGCAGUCAUGGAUGAGGAAAGUGGAUGGGAAUUUAUUACGGCAUUAACAACGCAUCGAUGUAUAUAGGAAUCUCAUCGGGGUCCUGGGCUAAAUAAAUAUUUCUCAAGCACGAGGUUCAUGCUGCAUUGAAGGAAGUUUGCUUUUUGUAUUUAUUACAGCACGAUGCUGUUGAGUUCUGGAAUCUGGUUGGUCAGAAGGGGUUGAUUAGUUUUCUCUAACAGCAAAUCUGAUGGUUGCAAAAUCACAGGUUUAUAGUUCUAGUGUGCUUAUUUUAAUGUGUUAUUAUUUCUAUAAUAAAUGUGUAAUUGUCAAUACAAUAUUUUUUUCAGUAAGGAGGCUUUAUUUAACAUUUAAUGGAAGGAGUCUCUAGUGUCAAAGUUUCAUAACAGUCAUAGGUAAAGCUGUAACUUUCUCUCUUUAACUGUAAGAAAGAAAUAAGAGAGUUUGGCAUGGGAGUGACUGUUUAUAGCUGCUAUAACAUAAAUGAUAAAAGCAACUCGCAUAUUUUAUGGACAUUUCACAACAUGAAACAGAACAAUUAUAGGAUAAAAAGUGCAACAUAUUUUUUCGUUAAUAAAUAUUUUUUUUAAUCAUAAUUGGCAAAUUGCUGUGAGCAAUUUGAGUGUGUCAACACACCCUGUGCUAGUUUAUAUUCUGUAUUUGGCAACACAGUGAGUUCUACCAGUUUAUCUGGAAUGAUUUCCAAAGCUUUAAGAGGCAAAAAGAAAGAGAAAACAUUACAAAAUAAUUUUAAAUGUAAAACUCAUCCAUGCUCAGACCUAUUUUACCCUGAUUAUAUAUUUAAUAUUUUUCUUGAAGCAGAUUUUAAAAAUAAUGCGGCUUUUUUA